AGAAGAAGAUGACGACACCUGAUGACAUAAUCAUUAAAGGACAGUGUUGUGGUUGUUGAAAUGUGGGUAGUAGUUUUCUGUAUCUUUGGCACGUUUUGACCAAUUUCUAUUUAUUUGGACUACAUAACUCUAAAAUGGCGGAUUAUUGGAAGUCACAACCGAGGAAAUUCUGCCAGUAUUGCAAGUGCUGGAUUGCUGACAACAAGCCUAGCAUCGAGUUCCACGAAAGAGGGAAGAAUCACAAAGAAAAUGUUACUAAAAAAAUUUCAGAGAUUAAGAAAAAGAGCAUUGAAAAGGCAAAGAAGGAAGAGCGGAUGUCCAAGGAUUUUGCAGCGAUGGAGGAUGCAGCACUCAAGGCAUACGAGGAAGAUCUGAAGAGGCUGCAAAGGGAAUCAGAAGGAUCAAGUUCUCCAGUACGAGCAGCCCCACAGCCAAAACCUCCACCACAUGUGAGAGCUCAGCACAGAAAACAGCAAAAAAAAGCAGACAAGUCAAGCAGGAAGUACAAACAGCCAACUGAGACACAGUUUUGGGUGGAAGGCCAGACUAAUGACGGUCAUACUUACUACUACAACACUGUAACAGGAGAGUCUCAGUGGGAAAAACCGAGUUCCUCGGGUGCUCCUUGGAUGGAAGCUGUGACUCCUGAUGGUUACAGGUACUUCUACAACACCAAAACAGGAGAAUCCAGCUGGGAGAAACCUGCAGACUUUCCUUCCAUUGAGGAACCUGAGACCAAACAAGAAGAGGAGGACAGCAGCGAGCCUCCGAUUUAUCAGACAGAGGCACGGUCCAGAGGAGAGGAGAGCUCCAACAGUGCAUCGCAGGAGGUGCAACCCGCUGUAUCUGAUCAGCAGCCCAAAAUCCCAAAAAUCAGCUUCAGGAAAGGAAAAACAGAGGCUGAACCAUCAAAAAGACAAGGUGAGGAUAAAGAGACAGAAGAUACUCCAAAAGGGGAAAAUAAAGAAACAAACAAGAGAGAGGUACAGAGCUCAGCAGCCACACCAGAGAAAGCAGAAGCAGUGUCGACAAUCGGAGCCAUACAAGUAAAAAGGCAGAGAGUGGCCAACCCGUAUGGAGCCUGGGAACACAUCAAACAGGAAGAGAAUCCAUUUGUGAAGGUGGAUUUACAGCUGCCCCAAACAGAUGAGAACAUGGUCAGUGCACCAACUGACCUCCCACUGGAGCCCAAACCCAAGUUUAAGGAACGCAUUAUCACCUCGCUCGGGGACGAAAGCGGACCGGCAUCAUUCAGAAAAAACAAGACCCAGAACAGCAAAUCCAGGAACCUCCGACAGAGGGACGACGACGACUGAUCUGAUGAAACGAGGGCAAAAAAAUCCAAUCCAUUAUACAUCAGACUUUUCUAGAAGUAAAAUUCUUUCUAGGAACAUCUAGACACAUUUGUCUGGAACUUGGUUGAAUCAUGUUAAUCUUUCAUCAAUUAUAUGUAUUUUUAAACCCGAUUUGUCCAGAUUAAAAAUUUAAUUCAAGUCAU